AUGGUUAUAUUAUCUGAAUACAAUGAAGGGUCAUCUUCAUCUACUAAUGAUCAUAAAUAUGACGUGUUUUUAAGUUUUCGAGGUGAUGAUACUCGUCAUAGUUUCACAGAUCAUCUCCAUAAGGCCCUCUUGGGUGCCGAUAUUUCUACCUUUUUGGACGAUAAAGAGAUUGAAACCGGAGGUGAUCUUAAACCAGAAUUGGAGGGUGCGAUUAAAGAAUCUAGGGCUUCUAUCAUCGUGUUGUCUAAGAACUAUGCAAAUUCGUCAUGGUGUCUAGAUGAACUGGUACUAAUCCUUGGGGAACGUAAGGCCUCCAACCAAAUUGUUAUCCCCAUCUUCUAUCAUGUCGAUCCCACCCAUGUUCGGAAGCAACAAAGUAGCUUUGGAGAUGCAAUAGCUAAGCAUAAACGAGUGAUGAGGGCUGAGAUAAAUCCAAAUAAAAGAAGUCAAUGGGCUCAAAAGGUUGACCGAUGGAGUCAAGCUCUUACUGAAGUUGCUGAUUUGAAAGGGAUGAAUGUCGAUGGCAGGUAA